AUGGAGGUAGCGUGGCGUUUCCGGAUCAUAUUUGUGAUGGCCUUCGUAGUGAUCAUAUUCGGCGAUCUGCUCGGCUACGGUGGUGCUCGCAAGGAGCCGAAAGAUAAAUCGCUCCUGUCGGGCUUUACCGAGGUCGAGACGGACACGUCCAAGAUGAUUCCCACCGGAAAGGAAACGGCUCCGAGCGCUCAAACCCGUACCAGUCCUUCCAAUGAAAUCGGUGGCAAUGUUGACGGUGACUUUGAGCAGGACCAGGACACGGCCGGUCUCUCGUCGGCAGAGCUAGCGGCACGCAAGGAAAAGCUGAAGAAUUCGCUCCGGGAAGCGUGUCUCCCGAAGUUACUGUGCGAGAUGGCUGCCAAGCCCAACUAUUCGCUAAACGUCCGUGAGCGGGAUCUACUCUCAUUGAUAAGAUCUACAACCUUAUCACUGACGAUGGCUGUGAGUCCGACGAAAUGGCACUUUGCCGCCCACAUGGGCCAACUGCUAAGGGACGCUGGUGAUGCGCUCGUGACGCCUAUUGGAUGCUCCCAUCUUUGGCCAAGCUGUCCGUACAGUUCGAAAAAGUUGCUCAAGCUUACGAAUGUGGUGCACCUGAAGUAG